AUUAAACACCGAUUCGGGCGGAAUACUUUAGGGGCCAUUUUUUGCAGAUUCCAAAGGGGUACCAUCACCAAUUUAGGACGAUUUCUGGAAUGGCAUUUUACAUAAGAUUUUGAAGGCUGCAGAUCACGGAUUCAGCCUGAGGCUAUUCCCCAGGGAUGAAUAAGUCUAUUAAGCACCGAUUCGGGCGGAAUACUUCAAGGGCCAUUUUUGGCAGAUUCAAAAGGGGUACCAUCAUCGAUUUCGAUCGUUUUCUGGAAAGGCCAUUUUCCAUAGAUUUUGAAGGCUGCAGAUCACGGAUUCAGCUUGAGGCUAUUGCCCAGGGAUGAAUAAGUCUAUUAAACAUUGAUUCGGGCAGAAUACUUCAGGGGCCAUUUUCGGCAGGUUUCAAAGGGGUACCAUCACCGAUUUCGGGCGAUUUCUCGAAUUGCCAUUUUUCUUGGAUUUUGAAGGCUGCAGAUCACGUAUUCAGCCUGAGGCUAUUCCCCAGGGAUGAAUAAGUCUAUUAAACACCGAUUCAGGCGGAAUACUUCAGGAGCCAUUUUUGGCAGAUUCCAAAGGGGUACCAUCACCGAUUUUGGGCGAUUUCUGGAAUGGCCAUUUUCCAUAGAUUUUGAAGGCUGCAGAUCACGGAUUCAGCCUGAGGCUAUUCCCCAGGGUGAAUAAGUCUAUUAAACACCGAUUCGGGUGGAAUACUUCAGGGGCCAUUUUUGGCAGAUUCCAAAGGGGUACCAUCACCGAUUUCGGGCUAUUUCUGGAAUGGCCAUUUUUCUUGGAUUUUGAAGGCUGCAGAUCACAGAUUCAGCUUGUGGCUAUUACCUAGGGAUGAAUAAGUCUAUUAAACACCGAUUCGGGCGGAAUACUUUAGGGGCCAUUUUUGGCAGAUUCCAAAGGGGUACCAUCACCGAUUUCGGGCGAUUUCUGGAUUGGCCAUUUUUAUUGGAUUUUGAAGACGGCGGAUCACAGAUUCGGCCCUAGGGUACUCUCAAGUAAUGAUGAAGUCUACUAAUGGCCGAUUUGGGCAGAAAUUUGAUCUAAUUUUUCCGGAUGGCAUUUUCGUAAUUUUUAGGCGUUUAUUUCGAAAGGCCAUAUUCCAUAGAUUUUGAAGGCUGCAGAUCACGGAUUCAGCCUGAGGCUAUUCCCCAGGGAUGAAUAAGUCUAUUAAACACCGAUUCGUGCGGAAUACUUCCGGGGCCAUUUUUUGCAGAUUCCAAAGGGGUACAAUCACCGAUUUCGGGCAAUUUAUGGAAUGACCAUUUUUCUUGGAUUUUGAAGGGUGCAGAUCACGGAUUGAGUCUGAGACUAUUCCCCAGGGAUGAAUAAGUCUAUUAAACACCGAUUCGGGCGGAAUACUUCAGGGGCCAUUUUUGGCAGAUUCCAAAGGGGUACCAUCACCGAUUUCGGGCGAUUUCUGGAAUGGCCAUUUUUAUUGGAUUUUGAAAGCGACGGAUCACAGAUUUGGCCCUAGGGUACUCUCCAGCAAUGAUGAAGUCUACUAAUGGCCGAUUUGGGUGAAAAUUUAGCCGAAUUUUUCCGGAUGGUAUUUUCGUAAUUUUUAGCCGUUUAUUUCGAAAGGCCAUUUUCCAUAGAUUUUGAAGGCUGCAGAUCACGGAUUCAGCCUGAGGCUAUUUCCCAGGGAUAAAUAAGUCUAUUAAACAUUGAUUCGGGCAGAAUACUUCAGGGGCCAUUUUCGGCAGGUUUCAAAGGGGUACCAUCACCGAUUUCAGGCGAUUUCUGGAAUGGCCAUUUUUCUUGGAUUUUGAAGGCUGCAGAUCACGGAUUCAGCCUGAGGCUAUUCCCCAGGGAUGAAUAAGUCUAUUAAACACUGAUUCGGGCGGAAUACUUCAGGGGCCAUUUUUGGCAAAUUCCAAAGGGGUACCAUCACCGAUUUCGGGCUAUUUCUGGAAUGGCCAUUUUUCUUUGAUUUUGAAGGCUGCAGAUCACAGAUUCAGCUUGAGGCUAUUCCCCAAGGAUGAAUAAGUCUAUUAAACACCGAUUCGGGCGAAAUACUUCAGGGGCCAUUUUUGGCAGAUUCCAAAGGGGUACCAUCACCGAUUUCGGGCGAUUUCUGGAUUGGCCAUUUUUAUUGGAUUUUGAAGGCGACGGAUCACAGAUUCGGCCCUAUGGUACUCUCCAGCAAUGAUGAAGUCUACUAAUGGCCGAUUUGGGCGGAAAUUUGAUCUAAUUUUUCCGGAUGGCAUUUCCGUAAUUUUUAGGCGUUUAUUUCGAAAGGCCAUAUUCCAUAGAUUUUGAAAGCUUCAGAUCACGGAUUCAGCCUGAGGCUAUUCCCCAUGGAUGAAUAAGUCUAUUAAACACCGAUUCGGGCGGAAUACUUCCGGGGCCAUUUUUGGCAGAUUCCAAAGGGGUACCAUCACAGAUUUCGGGCAAUUUCUGGAAUAACCAUUUUUGUUGGAUUUUGAAGGGUGCAGAUCACGAAUUCAGCCUGAGGCUAUUCCCCAGGGAUGAAUAAGUCUAUUAAACACCGAUUCGGGCUGAAUACUUCAGGGGCCAUUUUUGGCAGAUUCGAAAGGGGUACCUUCACCGAUUUCGGGCGAUUUCUGGAAUGGCCAUUUUUAUUGGAUUUUGAAAGCGACGGAUCACAGAUUUGGCCCUAGGGUACUCUCCAGCAAUGAUGAAGUCUACUAAUGGCCGAUUUGGGCGAAAAUUUGGUCGAAUUUUUCCGGAUGGUAUUUUCGUAAUUUUUAGUCGUUUAUUUUGAAAGGCCAUUUUCCAUAGAUUUUGAAGGCUGCAGAUCACGGAUUCAGCGUGAGGCUAUUCCCCAGGGAUUAAUAAGUCUAUUAAACACCGAUUCGGGCAGAAUACUUCAGGGGUCAUUUUUGGCACAUUCUAAAUGGGUACCAUCACCUAUUUCGGGCGAUUUCAGGAAUGGCCAUUUUUCUUGGAUUUUGAAGGCUGCAGAUCACGGAUUACGCCUGAGUCUAUUCCGCAGGGAUGAAUAAGUCUAUUAAACAUCGAUUCGGGCGGAAUACUUCAGAGGCCAUUUUUGGCAGAUUCGAAAGGGGUACCAUCACCGAUUUCGGGCGAUUUCUUGAAUGGCCAUUUUUCUUGGAUUUUGAAGGCGACGGAUCACAGAUUCGGCCAUAGGGUACUCUCCAGCAAUGAUGAAGUCUACUAAUGGCAGAUUUGGGCCGAAAUUUGGUCGAAUUUUUCCGGAUGGCAUUUUCGUAAUUUUUAGGCGUUUAUUUCGAAAGGCCAUUUUCCAUAGAUUACGAAGGUUGCAGAUCACGGAUUCAGCCUGAGGCUGUUCCCCAGGGAUGAAUAAGUCUAUUAAACACCGAUUCGGGCAGAAUAUUCCCGGGGUCAUUUUUGGCAGAUUCCAAUGGGGUACCAUCACCGAUUUCGGGCGAUUUCUGGAAUGGCCAUUUUUCUUGGAUUUUGAAGUCGAUGGAUCACAGAUUCGGCCCUAGGGUACUCUCCAGCAAUGAUGAAGUCUACUAAUGGCCGAUUUGGGCGGAAAUUUGUUCGAAAUUUUCGGAUGGCAUUUUCGUAAUUUUUAGCCGUUUAUUUCGAAAGGUCAUUUUCAUAGAUUUUGAAGGCUGCAGAUCACGGAUUCAGCCUGAGGCUAUUCCCCAGGGAUGAAUAAGCCUAUUAAACACCGAUUCGGGCGGAAUAUUUCCGGGGCCAUUUUUCGCAGAUUUCAAAGGGUUACCAUCCCCGAUUUCGGGCGAUUUCUAGAAUGGCAAUUUUUCUUGGAUUUUGAAUGCGACAGAUCACAGUUUCGGCCCUAGGGUACUCUCCAUCAAUGAUGAAGUCUACUAAUGGCAGAUUUGUGCCAAAAUUUAGUCGAAUUUUUCCGGAUGACAUUUUCGUAAUUUUUAGGCGUUUAUUUCGAAAGGCCAUUUUCCAUAGAUUUUGAAGGCUGCAGAUCACGGAUUCAGCCUGAGGCUAUUCCCCAGUGAUGAAUAAGCCUAUUAAACACCGAUUCGGGCGGAAUAUUUCCGGGGCCAUUUUUCGUAGAUUCCAAAGGGGUACCUUCACCGAUUUCGGGCGAUUUCUGGAAUGGCCAAUUUUGUUGGAUUUUGAAGGCGACGGAUCACAGAUUUGACCCUAGGGUACUCUCCAGCAAUGAUGAAGUCUACAAAUGGCCGAUUCGGGCGGAAAUUUGAUCGAAUUUUUUCGGAUGGCAUUUUCAUAAUUUUUAGGCGUUUAUUUCGAAAUGCCAUUUUCCAUAGAUUUUGAAGGCUGCAGAUCACGGAUUCAGCCUGAAGCUAUUCCCUAGGGAUGAAUAAUCCUAUUAAACACCGAUUCGGGCGAAAUAUUUACGGGCCAUUUUUUGCAGAUUCCAAAGGGGUACCAUCACCGAUUUCGGGUGAUUUUUGGAAUGACCAUUUUUUGAAACACCAUUUUCCUUAGAUUUGGUUGUGAUAGCAAUUUGUAAAGAAAUCUCAGAUUAUUGGUUUUUGUGUCUGAUUGAGUUGUUGUUGAUGCUUCUUAGCAAAAGUGUGCCUAAUAUGAAUAUCAGGACUUGAUGCACGGCGGUUGUGUACGUUUUCUUGCCUUUUUCCUUUUCUUCACUCGGAGAGUUGGAUACGAAAUGCAUGGCUUUAUCUCAUGCGGUUCCAAAAAAUCUCCAUGUCUCAAAAUGCAGGUGCUUGAGUACAUUUUUACUAGACUUAGCUUUGCUAUAGCUAAGAGAGUGGGUUCCAUAUUGAAUCCGUUUUCUGGUUUGGUACUUCUCGGCGUUGGAAGAAUUAUGACAUGUUACUAUGUCAGUGAACCAACGGCCUUGUAGGCUAGAUUUUGGUCCUCUUUUCUCUACGCUGUGACCAGAAUGUAUUCUCGUAUCAUGGCAUUAGGACAUAACCGAAUUCAUUCAAUCUAAACGUACACAGACCAUCUCGAUGAUGUACUCAACAAUACCAAACAUUUCGAUGAACAACAUAUAGCAAACUAACAAUUUAACAUUCCCUAAAAGAACUCUAGAAGUAAAUGUCAUACUAUAAAAGUCAAGCCGGUAUUUUUUUUUUUUGUCAUUAGAUCACUCUUGAAAAGAGGAACAUACAAAAAUCCGUAGGCUUACAACAAAACUUGCCUACCACUAAACAAAAGAACAAAGUCGAACCUCAAAAUCGUUCGAGGCAACAAAAACAGAGCACGAGUGGCCACCAAAUUCAAGCCGGUAUUUGAAAGUAUAUCAAACUUGAGGGUCUGGUAUGAAAUUCGGAAGCCUGAACUGGGCCUGGGCCUGGGCAGGGCCAUGCCGCAGCCCACACCAGAGCAAAUUGUACACCGUAAAUUCUCAUCGUCCUUGAUCCUUAUCGUCAAAUUCGGCUGUGACCACCUCUUCCAUCCUUCCAAACUUGAAAAACAGCAACAAGAAAAUUUUCUCCCUUUCUCCCUCCAUCCCUCUCUUUCUCGGUGCGCCUUUUUCUCCAUCGGAACCCUAACUCGUCGGGGAUUUUCUCCAACGAUGAAGCGGCAAUCGCAGCGGGAGUCCGACGACGGCGCUUCGGCUCCGUCGAACAACCUCUGGGUGGGGAACCUGGCGCAGGACGUGACGGACUCGGAUCUCAUGUCGCUCUUCGCCAAGUACGGCGCCCUCGACAGCGUCACUUCUUACUCGUCCAGGAGCUACGCCUUCGUCUUCUUCAAGCGCGUCGAGGACGCCAAAGCCGCCAAGGAGGCCCUCCAAGGCGCGGCGAUCCACGGCUCGCCGCUGAAGAUCGAGUUUGCCAGACCGGCCAAGCCUUCCAAGUCGUUAUGGGUCGGGGGUAUCAGCCCCACAUUAUCCAAGCUGCAGUUGGAGGAAGAGUUCCAGAGCUUUGGUAAACUCGAAGAUUUCAAGUUUCUCAGAGAUCGGAACACUGCAUUUGUUGAAUUUUGUAAGCUGGAAGACGCUGUAGUAGCCAUGAAAAGCAUUAACGGGAAGCGAAUUGCUGGUGAACAGAUUCGCGUGGAUUUCCUUCGGUCUCAACCUUCGAGAAGAGAAUACGCCCACGACUAUCGCGAUUCAAGAGAGAAUCAGUACUCCGUCACACACCCCGGACUAAGGCGAUCUCAGCAACCCAUGUCCUCUGGUGGGCGAAGAGAAGGUCAACCUAGUAAAGUUUUGUGGGUAGGUUAUCCUCCUGCUCUGCAGAUCGACGAACAAAUGCUCCACAAUGCCAUGAUUUUAUUUGGUGAGAUUGAGAGAAUCAAGAGUUUCCCUUCAAGGCACUACUCAUUUGUAGAAUUCAGGAGUGUUGAUGAAGCUCGUAGGGCCAAAGAAGGUUUGCAAGGGCGCCUAUUUAACGAUCCUCGAAUAACAAUCAUGUUUUCGAGCAGCGGGUCAGCUCCUGGGAAAGAAUAUGCUAAUUACUACCCCGGAAUAAAAGGAAGGUCAGAUGAGUUUGGAACUGGGCAAUUGGAGAUGCUUGAUUAUCAGCAGCAGUCAAUAGGCGGACCUGGUGGAAACUUUUUGCAGCCUCCUUUUGGCCCUCAAGGUGGUGGUUUGGAUCACUUAAGCUCGAAUCCCCAGUUGGCUCCAACCUGGAGAAGGCCCUCUCCACCGACAGCUGGCAUCCUUCCUUCUCCUGGGUCUAGGAUCAGGCCACCGAUGAAGUCUGGUUCUAGUGGGUGGGAUGUGCUUGAUACGAAUCAGUAUCAGAGGGAGCCGAAAAGAUCGAGGAUCGGAACUCCAGAUGAUGAUUCUUUCCCACUAAGAAAUAACGUUGAUAAUCGUGGAUUAGGAUUAAGCAGAUCACAUGCACUUGGUCCUCUAAGUGAUAAAAUCGCCUUGAAUCGUUUUGGAAAUGCGUCUGGAAACAAUAGUGCAAGGGGUGAAGCAGAUUUUAUUUGGCGUGGUGUCAUUGCCAAGGGCGGGACGCCAGUCUGUCAAGCUCGUUGUGUCCCUAUUGGGGACCUUAUGGAAUCUGAUUUUCCUGAAGUUGUCAAUUGCUCAGCCAGAACAGGACUGGACAUGCUGGCAAAACACUAUGCCGAAGCUAUAGGAUUCAACAUUGUCUAUUUCUUACCAGACAGUGAAGACGAUUUCGCUUCCUACACCGAAUUCCUCCGCUACUUGGGCUCCAAAAACCGUGCUGGCGUUGCCAAGUUUGACGACGGCACCACACUUUUCCUGGUCCCACCAUCAGAUUUCUUGACGGAUGUCUUGAAAGUCCUGGGACCUGAACGUCUCUAUGGUGUAGUUCUGAAGCUGCCGCCACAACAGCAGUUGCCCAGUAGCAAUGUACAACUGCAACAUCACCCAAUGCAGCACCUCUCUCAUGAUUUUGCUAGGGAUCAUCAGCUUCCUCCUGAAGCUGACUACAAUGCUCACCAUCAUCAUCCGAACGAGGAACAACAUGGGUUACCACUAGAUUAUAAUGGGGUGAUGCAUGGUGAAUCAUCAAAGCUUCCUUCAAAACAGUUUUAUCCAGCGGUUGCUGAAUCCCCAUCACAAGCGUCAGUUUCACGCGAUUAUCCUGCUACCAACAAUGCUGCUUCAGUAUCAACAACUGGAGUUUCCUUGACACCAGAGCUGAUAGCCUCUCUUACAUCCCUACUGCCUGCAAAAGCCCAAGUCCCUGGGCCUGAAAGUAGUCAGCCAGCACCGGGUGUUUCGACCGCGGGGCAUUUUUCUUCAGCUGGAACUCCCCCACAGGGAUGGAAGCCUGACUAUUAUGGUGGAAACCCCAAUAAUAACAAUAAUCUUCAACAACUUGGUGCUCAACCCAAUUCUCAGGCACAGUUUCAGUCUCAGUAUCAGCCAUAUCCCCAGGUCAACCAGCAGAUGACAGCUCAAUCCAAUGUGAACUUAUCACAUCAGGUGGCAGCUCAAUCUAGGCCAAUGAACAGUUUUCCUGCGGUGUCUCAGAGUGGACAGAUGGUUUACCCUCCCCAGGUCAACCAGCAGCAAUAUCAUCAGCUUGAUCCCUACGGAACUCAAAAGAAUUAUGGAAUGGCCCAUGGGUCAUCUGAUGCUCCUGUUCCAUACAGCCCAUCUGUUGUUCAGCAGCCUCAUAACCCUGUUCCAAUGCCGCAUAGUCAUGCUCCAGUUGCUAAUUAUUUACCAACACAGUCUGGGAUUCCACAGACAGCUGUGGAUCACCAGGGUCAGGCGGCGCAGUUGCAAGCCCAGCAUUCUGGAGCUGGUGUUCAAACCACGUCGGAGACUGAAGUUGACAAGAACCAGAGGUACCAGUCGACAUUGCAGUUUGCUGCUAACCUUCUCCUUCAAAUACAACAGCAGCAACAAACGAAUGCUUCAGCUGCUCCUGGAUCAGGAAACCAGCAAUGACAGUUCUUUCUUCAUCUUGGUAAAUGUCCUACUUUGUUACCUUGCUUGUUUUCCUGAAGUUACCAGCUUGUUGUCUCUCCUGUGUGCGCUGCUGUUAUUUUCCUCUGGUGAUGGCCAAUCUUGUUCUUUUUGUUAUUUUCCUUGUACUUCUCUUAGAUCGGUCUUGGGUAGGACCUUAAUCAGAUUAAGUUAAUUCUGGCUUUUGUUCUUGUGAGUUUCUUAAGGUAGGCACAUAAGAAUCUGAGAAUACUAUCUUUUGCACAUUAGGAUGAUUAGAGAACUAUAAUACUAUUUAAAGGCAUGGUAGGAUAAGUUUUAGUGAUCAUGGUUCUAGACUUUACCUUCUUGACAUGGCAUCCAACUUCUAUGGAUUGAUGUUUAACUUGUCUGCUUAAACUUGCUGCGCAUGAGCGCUGAUAUGAUUCCUUAUAUCUGUUUUCUUUCGCUUCCAUGAUCUAUUUGUUAUGCAUGCGAGUUUUGGCCGUCACUUCUGGGAUGCAUACUAUCCCACUCAUGAUUUUUGUUUGCGUUUACGUUUCUUUGGUCCAAGUGUCAUCCAUUUUUCUGCCUUUUUGUGGUUUUGGUGGAGCUACAGUUCGUAGAUAGAUCAGUGCUAGUCGUAUAUAUAGAGUUUCGGUGGUUAAGCCUCCUCUUAACUGUACGCACCAGAUGUAGUUGUACUACUCAUUGCUAGAGCUUGCUUUAUGAGGAAUCAAACAUGUAUUUGAUGAACAUAAAAUAGUAAUUAGAUGGCUCAACACUAUGUGAUGGUUUUCUUGCCUCUAUAAACUUGUUCCAGUAUCGGGUUCGCUACUGAAAGCUGCCAUUUUGAAUGGAAUAUCCCAAUAGUACAAAACCAGCAGAAGCGUAUCACACGAUCAGAAAAUCGGACCAUGUCGAGUGUUCGUUGUGUAUUCUUUAGGUUUAGUAGUCACUGAACUUACGCAUCUGCCUGUGCUUAAAAUCUUCUCGUACCCGUAUUUAAGUGACUUUUGGUCAUUCUGUGCCAGUAACUUGAGCAAACUUUGGGUACAGACCUUUCAAGUUUUGAGGUGCUGAUAUCGUAAGGUCCAGAAUGCCCUUAACAACGUAAUAAGUGGAGAGAGCAUUAAUGCCAAAUUGUGUUUACCUCUCCGCCGAAAUUUCCAAUCAGCCAAGCAACCAGCCGGGAGUAAAAAACUUGUCUAGUAAACCGGGUUUUACGGACCUAGGCUACCAGUUUACCAUUCUGCACUCUGUUUCAGUCUCGUGUAUCUCCAUUCUCAAUGUCCUUAUUGCCAUGGCUGCCUCCAGUUAGAUUGUGAAACCCUGAAACGAUGCCCGCUUACAUUCAUUUCGUACCUCUAAAUCGCGUAGUCCGAGGACCAUCUGCCCAGUUGUUGAAAUGAAAGGGGAAUCAAGCUUGUAGCAGACGCUGAUGUAUUCUCUUUACGUUCAUGGCUUUUGUGGUUUGUAGGGCGUUCUUGCAGAGUUGCGAAGAGCGAUUUUACCGCGCGCCUUCGAGGCACGAGACGAGGCGGUUUCUCGUCCCCUGAUUCGGCCUUGUAAUCGCUCUCUCCUCUGGGAUAUCUCAAUCCCUUUGGGUGAGCAGUUUUUUUCAGUGUACAGAUACCAGCAGUAGCAAGCCAACAGGAGCUUUCUGGCGUUGCUGUGCCGCUUGCGCUUAUUGUUCCGUGCUACUAUUUUUUUCUAACCUUGUGGCACUCCUAUUUCUGUUGACAACCAUUAAAUUUUAGCAUACAGGCCGAAGUUAGUUAGUAGAGUUAAAGCUCCCAAUAAUUAUGUCUUACAUAGUUUUGUAUGAUUGAUUGUAUGUUUAGUAGUGUACCACUUGUAACCUAACAAAGUGGCGUAUCCUUUGCAUUAGUAGCUUUCUUUUUUCUUUUAUUGAUACUCCAACAAAUUUACACAUAAUUU